AUGGCGGACGAUGCGGUCGGAAUUAUCUUUGUGGACGAAAAUACUUUUGCGGUCGAAAACAGACAAAAAACAAGAACGAAUAGGGAAAAGAAAAACGGAUGGACUUCUCUUCUUCAAGUUCGGAGUUCUUUUUCCUCUCCGUCGGAGACAAGCAGCGAAGACGACAGCUGUUGUGAAGAAACGGACACUGAACUGCAGGCUGGUAGUAUUGAAGAAGAUACUAGUAAUAGGACUAGUAGUAGCGCAGAAGACAGCGUAGGGCUUAGCGUGGAAGAUAGCGAAGAAUACGGCAUUGAAAAGGUUCUGUGUUCCUCUCGGCGUGAACAUGGGACAGUGGCAGGCGUGAAUGCUGGGGAAAGCAGGAACCUUGAUCAUCCCUUCAUUGUGAAGUUGUACGGCGCAACACUUGUUAAAGAGAAGGGUGAAUCAAGAGCAAUCCUUGUCAUGGAACUCUGUAAGAAGAACCUGAUGAAGCACAUUAACGAAAGUCGGAACCGUGUACCUGGCCUCUCUGCAACAACUUCUGCCGCUGCAAAGAACGUGAUCGGAUGGAAAAAAGACAUUGCUAAUGCUCCAGAAUUCAUGCAUAAUAAGGGAAUUAUUCACAGAGAUCUCAAACUGGAAAACACAUUGUUAUCUCAUGAUGACGCUGUCAAGGUAGCCGAUGUCGGCCUAUCUAAAGAGGAAGACAUGAUCACAGGUACUCAGAUGGGAACUCCUCACUACAUGGCUCCAGAGGUGGCCUCCUUCAAACACUACGACCGCAAAGCGGAUAUAUAUAGCUUUGAUGUAAUGCUAUGGGAGAUGUGGUAUGGUAAGAGAGCCUUUAAAGGCAUUCAUGUAUAA